AUGGGAAGCCGGCCGGCACACGAACUUGCGGCAAGAGUUGACUCCUGCACGCGAGGGAUGGUUUCUGGCCCCACGGCUUGCUUGUUUGAAGAACUGGGACUUCACUAUAUCGGUCCCGUGGAUGGCCACAGUGUGGAAGACCUCGUGCUGAUCCUUAGGAAGGUGAAGGAGUUGCCUGCACCAGGACCAGUUCUCAUCCAUGUAAUUACAGAGAAAGGAAAAGGCUAUGCUCCCGCCGAAGUUGCACCGGACAAGAUGCAUGGUGGUUCACGAUGUGGAUCUCCAAAAGCUUCCGUGAGGUUUGCCUUGGACAGGGCUGGGCUUGUGGGUGCAGAUGGCCCAACUCACUGCGGGGCUUUUGACACGACCUCCUGGCUUGUUUGCCAAACAUGGUGGUCAUGGCUCCUUCCUGCGAAGCUGAGGCUCAUGCACAUGGUCGCCACUGCCGCCGCCAUCGACGAUCGUCCGAGUUGCUUCCGGUACCCAAGAGGAAAUGGGGUUGGCUCCAUUUUACCUUCAAACAACAAAGGGAACCCUCGAGGCGGCUUGCUCAGAGCACGAGGUCCUCAUCACCGUCGAAGAAGGGUCCAUCGGAGGGUUCAGCUCUCAUGUUUCCACUUCUUGGGCUUGAAUGGUUUACUGGAUGGAAAACUCAAGUGGAGGGCUAUGAUUCUUCCAGAUAGGUACAUUGACCACGGAGCACAAGCAGAUCAGAUUGAAGAGGCUGGCCUCACCUCAAGACACAUUGCAUCCACUGUUUUGUCACUUAUAGACAAGAGCAAAGGACACUAUUCACCUUCUCAGCUUAUAAUCUCCUUCUCAAGCUGCAUAAAUGCCAAAACAGUAAAUGGAUCCUCUGAAUCAAUUAGGAAUGUGCCUAUCAAUCCUUGUAAAUAG